AUGAUUUCUUUCAGGGAAUUCUCCUGUUGGUCAAGACAUCCAAUUGCAACAGCUGUUGGAAUAUUUUUUCUCUUUACAAGUAUAGCAAUGAUUACUGGUGUGUUGAUUGUAAGUCUGACAUCAUCCAAAUCAAAAGUUCAACAGUGUGAGUUGAAUUUUACAGCAACAGUUCCAAAUACAAUUGAGUAUUAUUACGAACCUCGAUCUGUUGCAAUUGGUGAUUUCAAUAAUGAUAAUUUAUUAGAUAUGGUUAUUGCCAAUCGAGCUGUUAAUAGUAUAACAAUAUUUCUUGCCCAAGAUCACGGUAUUUUCAAAGGUGAAAUUAAAUAUUCAACUGGUUUGUAUUCGACUCCGUCAAUGGUGACUGUUGGUGAUUUUAAUCAUGAUGAUCAACUCGAUAUUGCUGUUGCAAAUUUUGGUACCAAUUGCAUAGGUAUAUUUCUAGGAUAUGAAAAUGGUUCCUUUGAUAAACAAAUUGAAAUUUCUACUGGUAUAUCACGUCCACGUUGGUUAAAUAUAACUGAUAUUGAUAAUGAUAAAAUUCUUGAUAUUGUUAUCGCUAAUUAUGGGACUGACAUGAUUAGUAUUUUAUUCGGAUUUGGAAAUGGUAGCUUUUUAAAUCCGAUUGCAUAUUCAACAGGAUAUGAUUCUUUACCAUUUUAUGUUGUCACUGGAGACUUUAAUAAUGAUAAUCAGUUAGAUAUAGUUGUUGCUAAUUAUGGUACAAAUAAUAUAGGUUUAUUUCUUGCAAAUGGAAACAGAACUUUUCUAGAUCAAAAGACAUUUUCAACUGGUAUAAAUUCUCAUCCAUCUUCAAUUGUUGUUGGCUAUUUCAAUGAUGAUAAUUUCUUAGAUAUAGCAGUUGCUAAUUAUGGAAGUAACAAUGUCGGUGUAUUUUUAGCUAAAGGUAAUGGAACUUUUACAAGUCAAACAAACUAUUCACUUGAUAAUGUUUCUCCAAUUUCAAUUGACAUCGGUGAUUUUAAUAAUGACAAUCGAAUGGAUUUAAUUGUAACUAAUCAAGGCAUUAAUAAUAUCGGUGUAUUAUUAGGAUUGGGCAACGGUAUUUUUUCCGAACCAAGAAUGAAUUCAACUGGAUCUUUGUCUUCUGUAUCAAUUGCUGUAACUGAUUUGAACAAAGACAAUCUAUUAGAUAUUAUCGUUGUUAGCGAUGAUACUGGUACUAUUAAUGUUCUUUUUGGAUAUGAUGAAGGUUUUCAACCUCAAACAACGUUUUCAGCAGAUGCUGGUCCACUAUCGGUAGCUGUUGGUGAUUUCGAUCAGGACGGGCAACUUGAUAUUGUUGUUACUAAUUCUUAUUUUAAUAAUAUAAGCGUACUUCUUGGUUUUCCUAAUGGUUCUUUUGCAAAUCAAAUGUUGUAUUUAACUGGUUAUCAACCAAAUUCUGUAGCUAUUAGUGAUUUUAAUCAUGAUAAUCAGCUAGAUAUUGUUGUUACCAAUAAAAAAAAUAACAGUAUAAGUGUACUAGUCGGAUAUGGCAAUGGUUCUUUUGAAAAUCAAAUGGAAUAUUUAACUGGUCAAAAACCAACUGCUAUAGCUGUUAGCGAUUUAAAUAAUGAUACUUACUUGGAUAUUAUCGUUACAAAUUCUAAAGACAAUACUACUAGCAUACUUCUUGGAAAUGAUAAUGCUACUUUUGCAAGUCAAAUAAUAUAUUCAACUGGUGCUACACCGUCUUCUCUGGCCAUUGGUGAUUUCAACAAGGAUACUCAUCUAGAUAUUGUCAUUGUAAAUUCUGAUGAUAGUAAUGCUUGUAUACUUUUUGGAUAUAGUAAUGGCACUUUUGCGACUAAAAUAACAUUUUGGACAGGUACUUAUCCAUCAUCUAUCGCAGCUGGUUAUUUCAAUAAUGAUACAUUACUUGAUAUUAUUAUUGCUGAUGCUGGAGAUAAUAGUAUAAAUGUACUUCUCGGAUAUGGCAAUGGUUCUUUUCAAUCUGAAGCAAAGUAUCUCGCUGUUUCUAAACCACAAUCGAUAGCUGUUGACGAUUUAAACAAUGAUACUCUAUUAGAUAUUGUCGUAACUAACUCUUUUAGUAAAAAUAUAGCUAUACUAUAUGGUGAUGGAAUUAAUUCUUUUACAAGUGUAAUUACAUAUUCAACGGGUACUGAUCCAACAUCUGUAGCUAUUGGGGAUUUCAAUAAUGACAAACAUUUAGAUAUUGUUGUUACUAAUUUUAAUGACGAUACUGUGAGUGUUUUGUUACAUUAUGCCAGAGGAUCUUUCAACAAUGAAAUGUCAUAUGCAUCUGGUGGUGGUUCUCGUUUACAAUAUGUUGUCGCUCAUGAUUUUAAUAACGAUACUAUUCUAGAUAUUGCAGUGGCUAAUUAUGGUACGAAUAAUAUUGGUAUACUUCUUGGAUUUGACAAUGGAUCUUUUCAAGAGCAAAUCAUGUAUUCAACAGGUUCAAACUCUAAUCCAUAUUCGAUCGCUAUUGAUGAUUUUAAUAAUGACAAUCAAGACGAUCUGGCAAUAGCUAGUUACGGUUCUCAUACUGUUGAUAUGCUUGUUGGAAAUGGACAUGGAAUGUUUGUACGUCAAAUACCUUUUGAAAAUAAUUUGAAUCUCGCUCCAAUUACUAUUACAACUGGUGACUUUAAUAAUGAUGGACAAUCAGAUAUUGCUGUUACUUAUAAUGAUACUGAUAAUAUAUAUAUUCAUACUGCAUAUGAUACUGGUACUUUUACAAAUAAAACAUCGUUUUUAACUGAUUUUUGGCCAUAUUUUAUAGUUGUCAGUGAUUUAAAUCAUGAUACUCAAUUGGAUAUUAUCGUUACUGAUAUUUUGGACGACAGUGUAAAUGUACUUUUAGGAUAUGGCAAUGGUUCUUUUGCAAAUCGAACGGUAUAUUCAACCGGUUCCAUGCCAGCGUCCGCAGCAGUUGGUGAUUUCAAUAAUGAUAAUCACGUAGAUAUCGUCGUUGCAAAUAGUGGAGACCAUACUAUAGUUAUACUUUUUGGAGAUGGUCAUGGUUCGUUUGUAAAUCUUACAACGUAUACAAGUGGUCAGCUGCCAAUUUCCGUAGCUGUUGGUGAUUUCAAUAAUGAUACUCAAUUAGAUAUUGCUGUUGUUAAUCAAAUUGAUGAUAUAGUUGGUAUAUUUCUUGGAUUUGGUAAUGGUUCUUUUGCAAAUCAAAGUACGUACUCAAUUGGUGGUACACCAAUUUCUAUAGCUGUUCAUGAUUUCAAUAAUGACAAAAAACUUGAUCUUAUUGUUGUAAAUUCUUUUGACAAUACAAUAAGUAUACUUCUGGGACAUGGGAAUGGUUCUUUCUCUAAUCAAGUCAAGUAUCCUACUGGAUUGAAACCAUAUUAUGUAGCUGUUGGUCAAUUGAAUCAGGAUGCUUACGUUGAUAUUGUAGUUAUUAACAAUGGAGAGAACAGUAUCAGUGUCUUUCUCGGAUUUGGUAAUGGUUCUUUUGCAAAUCAAACAAAAUAUUUAACUGGUGGUUCACCAACUUUUGUAGCUGUUGCUGACUUCAAUGAUGAUACUAAACUUGAUAUAUUCGUUACUAAUAGUGAUGAUAACAAUGUUGGUGUAUAUGUUGGAUUUGGUAAUGGUUCUUUUACGAAUCAAACAACAUAUUCAACAGGAUCUUAUCCAUUAUUUAUAGCUCUUGGUAAUUUUAAUAACGAUACUCGAUUAGAUUUUGUUGUUUCAAUUCCUGUUAUUAAUAAUAUUGGUGUAUUUUUUGGAGUUCCUAAUCAUGCUUUUUUAUUUGAACAAAUACUUGUAACAGGUAAUGGUUCUCGUCCACGAUCAUUGACUAUUGCUGAUUUCAAUAAUGACAAUCAUCUGGAUAUUGCUGUUACAAAUUCAGGUACUAAUAAUAUCGGUAUUUUAUUUGGAUCCAAUAAUGGUUCUUUUGAAAAUCAAAUAACAUAUCCUGCUGGCUUAUCUCCACGAUCGAUAGCUGUUGGUAAUUUCAACAACGACACUCAAUUAGAUAUUGUUAUCGCUAAUUCUGAAAAUAUAAGCAUAUUUUUUGGUCAUGAUAAUAGUUCUUUCAUAAAUCAAACAACAUAUUUCAUUGGAAACAAUGCUCAAUCUUAUUCGAUUAUUGUUGACGAUUUUAAUAAUGAUACUCUAUUAGAUAUCAUUGUUGCAAAUUAUGGUGGAGAUAAUAUAGUUAUACUCGUCGGAUAUGGUAAUGGUACUUUUGAAGAACCAAAAAUAUUUUCGAUGGGUUAUGGAUCUUCUCCAUUUUCUAUUGCUGUUGGUGAUUUCAAUAGAGACAAAAAAUUAGAUUUUGCUGUAGGCAACUAUGUUGCUGAUAACUUAAAAAUAAUGCUACAAAAUUGUUAA